AUGGGGGCACCGGCCGCAACCCUUUCUUCGGUCCGCCUCUUCUCCUCCUUCCUGCCACCGACACCCUCCGCCCUCUUCCUGCCCUGCCGCCCCUUCGUCCGCUAUGGCUGCGCCGCUAGGCUCUCGGUCGUCGGCUACAUGGAGAGGAAGCCCAACUCCAUCUCCGGCUUCGCCAGUAAGUUGAUCGGGUCGCUCCCCAUAGUGGGCCUCUUCGCCCGCAUUCUGAGCGACGAGGGCGGCGUCGGCGAGGAUCUGAUCGACUUCGCUGAGUUCCGGCGACGAGUAGGGAAGAAAUGCAGCAUCAUGGAUUCCAGAGCCUUUUAUGAGUUCCAAGACCGCCGCGGAAGAGCAGGGGAUCCACUUUACGUUCUUAUGUGUUGCUGGUUGGCUGCACUUGGUGCCGGACUCUUGAAGUCGGAAGAGAUACUGGAAGGGGUAGCAAGGCUCCGCAUUUCGAAUGAUAUUGAAUUUGCGGAAGAGACUUUCUUUGCUAAAAUGACUGCUGCGAAGGAGAGGCGAGCCAAAAUGAAGAGUGUCGUUCCUGAAACUCCAAUGGAGAUUAGAGUCGAAAAAGCUUUGGAUGCAAUUUAUGUCUGCUGCUUUGGCAAUGAUGAUACAAUAGAAGAGGAGGACGAAAGAUUACUCUGCAAUAUGCUAAAUUCCGUUUUCCCUUCUAUUGGAAAAACAGAAAUAGAUAGAAUAGUUAGUUCUAUGGUAAAGGAAAUAGCUACAGGUGAGAGAACUAAUUAUCCAGAGCCAAAAUCUUUAUCAAAAGAGGCCAUAGAAAGGCAAAAGAAGGACCUUGAAUUUCUGCAACAGAAUAGAGAAAACUCCAGUUAACCUUGCUGUUGUAUCCAAAUUUCUUCAAUUAUUAAUAUAAAUUUAGUUUGCAUAUACCAA